GGAGGGUGGUGAUAGAAUUCAAAGUAGAGGGGAGGGGAGUGUAAUUUCUUCAAUAAAUUCAGAUCUGAAAAGGACUUCUGCUUCUGAUGAACGGUGAGGAUUUUAGCGAAUCCUAUUCGUCCGUUUGUUAUCGAUAACACGACACGUGAAUUGUCGGAAAGCCAGAAAGGUUUGUCGCGCCUUUUGAUUUAAAUGCGGCGCCUCCCUCCUAUUGCUUAUAUAAGUUCCACCACAUCGAAAAGACAAUAAGAUAAAGUAGCACAAGAGAGAAAGAGAAUGUCUUCAGUAGUGGAGGUAGCGUCUAAAGAAGGUCAUGAGGACUGCAACGAACUGAUCGAUCCGAACCACAUCGCAGAUGUUACGGCUAUGAAUGUUUCGCUUUCCACUGAGAAGUUUCUCCAAGCGGCCAUUUCUCUCAAAGACCAGGUGGUAGAGGCGACAUGGAAAGGAGGAAUAGGCAAUGGACAGAGCAUAGACAUUACGGUAUACAAAGGCUUGCUGGGGACUGCUUUCACUUGCUUGAGGUCCUACGAAGUCACUGGUAACCACCAAGACCUGCUAUUGUCUGCCGAGAUAAUCAACGCUUGCGCUCUUCUCGCACCAACCUUCACCAGGAAUCCAACGUUUUUAUGUGGGAUAGGUGGGGUCUACGCACUGGGAGCUGUGGUUGCUAAUUUCAGAGGGGAACAUAGAAGGCGUGAUUACUUCGUGGACCUCUUCCUUGAGGUGGCACAGGAGAGAGCACUUCCAAGUGGACCUGACGAGGGUGGGUUUGGGAUGCCUUAUGAGCUUCUUCAUGGUCGAGCUGGAUUCUUAUGGGCAGCGUUGUUCAUAAACAAGCAUCUUGGGCAAGAGACAGUUCCCAUGGACCUUCUAAUGCCAGUUGUGGAAGCUGUAUUAGCAGGGGGAAGGGCAGGAGUAUCUGACACUACAGCCUGCCCACUGAUGUAUAGAUGGCAUGGUACAAGGUACUGGGGUGCUGCCCAUGGUCUUGCUGGUAUCUUUCAAGUCCUACUCCACUUUCCACUCUCUGGAGAAGAUGAGGAGGAUGUCAAGGGGACUCUUAGGUAUAUGAUGAGAAACAGGUUCCCACAUAGUGGCAAUUACCCUUCAAGUGAAGGGAAUCCAAGGGACAAGCUUGUGCAAUGGUCACAUGGUGCCACUGGCAUGUCCAUCACUCUAUGCAAAGCAGCACAGGUGUACUCUAGUGAAAGAGAGUUCCGUGAUGCAGCAAUAGAAGCAGGUGAAGUGGUGUGGAAGAGUGGGUUGGUGAGAAGGGUUGGACUAGCAGAUGGAGUGAGUGGGAAUGCAUAUGCAUUCCUCUCACUCUUUCGUUUAACAGGAGAGAGCAUUUACCGAGAGAGAGCCAAAGCAUUUGCUAGCUUCUUGUACUACAAUGCUAGAAAACUCGUAACAGCUAGCCAUGUCCGAGGAGGUGACCAUGCUUAUUCCCUCUUUGAAGGCCUUGCUGGUACAGCUUGCCUUUGGUUUGAUAUGACCUCACCGGAGAGCUCCAAGUUCCCUGGGUUUGAGCUUUAAUAAGUGGGAAAUAGGAAUUUCUAGCUUAAAAAGGAUUGUAAAACCUUAGAUGUAUAUAUUCAUAUCUCAUUUUGUAAUGAGGCAGUGGCUUAACUAUUUCACAUCUAAUUGGUCUAGUAAUAAAGUUUACACAUUUUGGCGUUUAUUAGUA